UAUUGCCACUCCGCCAGUUGACGAUUUGAUCGGUUGAACAAUGUAAGUAAGUGCAGAUGAGUGUGUGAAUACAAUGAAAAAAUUAAAAAUUAUAAAUUUAAUUUUCGUAAUUACUGCGAAUUUAUUUCGACUAGUCGUUGCACAAAAUACUGGUGGCUGUUUCUUGGAUGGCGUUACAAAUUCCCAAUGGAUUUCGUAUUAUACGAAUGAUGCGGUAUUUGAUACAGAAAGAACUUUAUUCAAAAGUUUCACUUUCACGAACGUAACAGGAGUAAGGGUAGCUUCAACAUCUUCAGUUUAUGCAGCUGCUUCUUUAAAUGACAGUCAUUUAUUAAUAACACCCACUUCGCUUUUUGAACAAUUCGAAGAAAAUGAGCCUAGUAGUUCUGAAACCCCGCUACUGAUAAUAAUAUUGUUAUUCACUUGUACGGGCGGAUCUUCUCAAUUAACAUUCAGACAACCUAUAACAGACAUUAACAAUCAUGAUCCUAUUUUUUCGUCAUCUGCCUAUACUUACUCACUACCAAUGCCAUUUCCCUCUGGCAUAACCGUAAGUGGUGUUUUUGGCGAUUCAAUAACGGCGACAGAUAUUGACAUUACAAAUGUAGCCGUCGAUUUUACUAUCCAACCUGAGGGAGACUUUAUCAUACAGUACGGAGGAGCAACUGAUAGCACAAAUAAGAGACACACUGCACUAUUAAGAACUGCAACUUCAUUACGGUUAACUUCAACUACUUCUUACACUUUAAUUGUCACAGAUCGAGGUAGUAUACCAGGGACUAGAAGCACAAAUGCAACCCUCACAAUACAUGUAGACGAGGAGAACUCUAUUUCCCCUUCACCAAUGUUCAGUUCAUCAUAUUAUACAGCGGUUUAUACAAAAGUUUCAGACAGUAAUGAUUACAUCACGUUAAAUACAGACAUAAUUUUAAGCGACGGCGAUUACGAAAAUACAACAUUUGUAAUACAAGGAGAUUAUAGCAACUAUUUCAGUUGUAAUCCGGAAUCGGAUAAACUAAACUUAGUUCUUUCUGGAAAUAUUCCGGAUGAUAUUCUAACUACCAAUUCCUAUAUCCUUGUACCGAUCCAAGCAUCUCGAGCAACCGCUGAUUAUGUAGGGACCACGGUUGUUGUGGUAGAUUUAUCAAAUAUUAUUGAACCCGGAGUAUCAUCCCCUGUUUUCGCUUCGUCGUACUAUUUAGUAACGUACACUGUAAAUGAAGAUGGCAGCGAUAGUAUUAGUGGCGAAACGUCGAUAACUUUAAAUGACAACGAUUACCAAAAUACUAACUUCUCUUUAGCAGGAGAAUACAGAACAUUCUUUGAACUUGAUUAUUCAAAUAACCAAAUUAAUUUAAUAUUACUCGGUGAUUUGCCGGAAGAUGUUCUCUACAAUACAGAAUUCGCUCUACUUACUGUAACGGCAACUCGUAAUGGUGCAGAAGCUAAUGGGAAUACGGUUAUUGUUAUAACACUGCCAGGAGAGCAAUGUACAAUAGAGUCAACCACAGCCUACCCAACCACGUUAACCACCGAGGUAGUAACGGUAACAGAAUGUCCCACGCCCGUCACUUGCCCUCCCUGUGACGAAUACACCACACUUACUUCAGAUAUCCCAACAUCAAAUGGUCCAAUAGAUACAACACCAUAUACAACACCGUUUACUCCUACAGAACAACCAAUAACUUGUCCUCCGUGCACUACAGUUUCAGACGUAGUCUCCACAACAACAGAUUAUACAGUGCCUACAAUCGUCACGGACUCGACUACACAAAAUCCAAUCACAACUGAAUGUCCAACUGUGACAACUGAAUGUCCAACUGUAACAACUGAAUGUCCAACUGUAACAACUGAAUGUCCAACUGUAACAACUGAAUGUCCAACUGUAACAACUGAAUGUCCAACUAUAACAACUGAAUAUCCAACUGUAGCAACUGAAUAUCCAACUGUAACAACUGAAUAUCCAAUUGUGACAACUGGAAGUCCUAUUGUGACAACCGAAUGCCCACCGAGUACUUGUGAUUGCCCUACUACCCCCACAUUCACUUCAAACACACCGGUCACAUAUACUACUUACACCUAUACAGAAGCACCUACAACACAGCCUUCUACCGCUAUUAUAAACUUCGAUAAUUCGUAUUAUACUUUCGGUCUUCAGCCUCUUCACGCGAUUGGGGUAAUUGGUUCGGUUUCUGCAACAUCCUCAAUGGACGAAAGUAUAAUUUACAGUAUUGCCGCAAGUAACGGCUCUACUUUACCCUCUCAGCUUACUAUAAACGAACAAACAGGAGAACUAGUAACAAGUGAUUACAUUACUAGUGGUUCUUACUAUCUCGUUGCUACAGCUACAGGCUACACCAGUGGUAGCACUGAUAACGCUUUCGUAUUUGCCGUUUAG